AUGGCAUCCCGCGAGGAAAGUGGCACCACGCCUGAGAGUCUCGAGUCCUAUGCUAAUGGCAUUCUAAGACUGAUCUGCGCGUAUUCCAAGUACUUCGACAGUCUCUUCCGCAAGCAAUUUGCCGAGAGCAAGAGUCUCCACUCCCAGCUAUCAGACGUGGAGCCAUGGGUGUUCCGCUGCUUCCUGGGCUGGCUGUACACCGGUGCCAUCUACUACGACUUCGACGCCGCGGCCCCACCGCCACCUCGGCGACAUAAUGAGCCAACUACGAAUGAGACCGAGGACGAUGAGGAUGGCGAUGAAGAUCUUGGUGGAAAUCCGGUCACUUGGCCUUUCCGAGACCUCUUCGAGCUCUACGUGUUUGGCGACUACGACGCCAUAGAAUUUCGCAUGUCUGUCAUGGACUUGAUCCAGGCAAAAGCAUUGCAAACAGCGCCGACGCAGGACAAUUUCCCCAGCAUCAGGGAUAUCAAGUGCAUCACUAGCCAUGUCCCGUCAACUUCAGAGUUACUGCGGUUCCUCGCAGACGCCUGGCAGACCAUGGCGAUGUCAUCAAGUUCUCCUUCUAAUGAGGUGAAUGAUGAUGAUGAAGUGGUCUUUGAGAUGCAAGAGGACAUGGAACGCUUUCCAAAACCCUUUCUUGUGCUGUGUGCGAAGGCUGCUGUACGCAAUGCACUGGCACUAGCGUGCGUCAGCUGCGGAGUUGAGAGCGAUGUUGUGCGGUCUACAGCCGAAGAGGGAGCACCGAAAUGCAAUACGAAGGGUCACAGCUUCGAAGAUCGCUUGGACUGGGACGAUAAGGAUCGCUGCGUCUAUCAUGAGCAUGAUCCAAGUUCCAACCAAAUACCUUUCAGCGUCAUCAUGGCGACGCGCGCGCACGGCAGGUUAUCCGUCAAGAAUCUCUACGUCCCCGAAACUGUUCACAUCAUUGUCGGACCCAAGAAGCGAACAUUUGUUGUUCCGCGCGGCCUCAUAUGCGACAGAUCCGACUACUUCAACAAGGCCUUCCAGCAACACUUCGAAGAGGAGCCUCUCGAUGAGUCUGUCGACCCCGAGGGACCUACACCGCGGACCAAGCCGGAUAAAUGCGAAGAUCAGGACUUCGACGAAAACGAUCGUCAAGAUCCUGUGACAUGGUCCUACUCCGACCUCAUUGAGCUAUUCAUCUUCGCAGACCAAUACGACACUCGGCUUUUUCGCAAUGUGGUCAUCAAGCAUUUCCAGAUCAAGAUGCUGCAGUCCGAGCCCAAGGAAUACAGCUUCUUCUCUAUGCGCGAAGCCCAAGUCAUCUUCGGGUGUUCACCAGACUCUUCAACGCUUUACCAAUUUGCGCUCGACAUGCUUGUAUUCCGCGAUGUUCCAGGUCCUUUGACGCCCAAGUCGGUAUCUAACUAUGCAAAGCUACCUGCGGCAGCCUUGGCUGCCAUGACGAUCAAGGCAAUCCAGCUUAGACAGAGAAAGGAUUGCAUUGAUUGUCACGAGCGCAGGUCCUGCGUUAAGAACAACCAUCCAGAUGUGGCACAUUUAUUAUUUUCUAUAGCCAUGGAUUACGAAUAUCAUGGAGCGUUACGAGACAUCUCUAAUGAGCAUAUGCCAAUGCCGUCCACCUCCAGACCGGACAUGGAGCAAUGGAUAUACUUGGAUAUGGAUCUCACGAUCCCCGACGCAAUGACAAUCGACCCAAAGGAUUUGGCGAUAUCGAAUGAAAACGACAUAGCCACUCAAGGCUCAUUUGCUGACGGUGCAAUGCCCCUCGAUGAUCAAGCGAUCCCUCCAAGCGGUCAGCUUCACGACCCAUCGCCCGAGCAGCCUGCAACAUCAUCAUCCCUCGAGACCAAGGCGACAGCUUCUGUGGAUCAACUACAGGCUCAGAUCAAUCAGCUUCGAGAAAUGGUAGCCCAACUGGCAGAGGAGAAGCAAAGCCGCCAGCCUGUUCAGUCUCGGAAGCAGAGCCUAGACUCAGCGAGAGCAGACUCCAUUUUUGGUAAAGGAGGUCUCCAGAGCACGAGUCACACGACACCAAAUGCUAGCGAUACCACUGAAAUACAUGAGCCUUCUCGCAAUGUCGACGUCGAAACACAUGCCGAAGACUCUCAGAUAUACUCGAGAAGAGGAUCUGACAGCUCUGUUCCGAGCAAGCGCGGUCUACGGAAGAACAUUAUUACUCUAAACAGAACUGGCAGUCUCGAGUCUCUACAGUCCGCCGACACGAAAGUCUGUGGCAGCAACGAGACUCUAGGAGCGGCAUUACCAAACCAGACCAUCGACAAGCUCGAAGUGAAACUGGCCAGGGCCGAACAACAAGCAGAAGCAUGGCUCGAAGAGCGCAACGCAUUCGCCAAAGUUCUUCAACGCACAGGAGGAUCAGUAGCUCCACGGCCCGGAUUAUUCUUUGAGCAGAAGAACAAGCGAUUACCAUCACUAGCAGAGCGAGCAAAAGGCUGGUUGGGCGCGAUAGACAAGAUGCUCUCGACCAACUCCACCGGCAGACGUUCUGCUGAGGAUGCACAAACCGGGAAAGCUCUGGAGCAUAUUUCAUCAGCUUUGGAUCGACUUGAUCUUAGAGAUGGUCAUAUUUAUUAA